AUGAAGACCAUCGGGGGGCUCUUUCUGCUCUGCACAAUGACUCAGUUCUUCAGUAACCCAGAAGCGGCUAGUCUGCCUUUAACAACACAGGUGGACUGCAGCAUUUACAAGAAGUACCCAGUGGUGGCCAUCCCCUGCCCCAUCACAUACCUGCCUGUUUGUGGUUCUGACUAUAUCACCUAUGGGAAUGAAUGCCACCUAUGCAUUGAGAACUUGAAAAGUAAUGGAAAAGUUCAGUUUCUUCAUGAAGGAAGUUGUUAACUUCUCCACAGACAUGGGUACAGAGCGGUAAUAUCUUCACCGUCAUCA